CACAUCUUUCUUUUUCUUCUUGAUACAUAAACAACAAAAAAUGGCCUCCAACAUUCUUCGACGUGGCUUUGCCUCUGCAGCUCCUUCUAAUGUCAAGAUCGGCUUGAUUCCCGCCGAUGGUAUCGGUCGUGAAGUGAUUCCCGCUGCACGCACUGUCCUUGAGGCUCUUUCUGAUGGUCCCAAGUUUGACUUUGUCAACUUGGAUGCUGGUUUUGAAUACUUUCAAAAGACCGGCACUGCAUUGCCACAGGAAACCCUCGAUGUCUUGAAGAACGAGUGCAACGGUGCUUUGUUUGGUGCUGUCAGCUCGCCUUCGCAUAAGGUUGCUGGCUACUCUUCGCCCAUUGUUGCUCUUCGCAAAAAGUUGGACUUGUACGCUAACGUCCGUCCUGUCGCAUCGGUCAAGUCGCCUGCAUUCCCUGAUCAGCGCGAAUUGGAUAUGCUCAUCAUCCGUGAAAACACCGAGUGCUUGUACAUCAAGUCUGAGCGUCAAGAGGUUGACCCUCAAACUGGUUUGAAGGUUGCCUUUGCUGAUCGUAAGAUCACCGAAUACGCCUCCAAGCGUGCUGGUGCCAUGGCCUUCAACAUGGCUUUGACGCGUCAAAAGUUGCGUGAACAGAAGCCUUUGGAGAAGCGUUUCUGGAAGCAAAACCCACGCGUCACCAUCGUCCACAAGUCUAAUGUCAUGAGCGUUACUGAUGGCUUGUGGCGUGAAACCGUCCGUGCUGUCAAGGAACAGAACGCUGACAAGUACAGUGGUGUCGAUAUGGAGGAACAGUUGGUCGAUUCCAUGGUCUACCGUAUGUUCCGUGAACCCGAGGCUUUCGAUGUAGUUGUCGCACCCAACCUCUAUGGUGAUAUCAUCAGUGAUGGUGCUGCUGCCCUUGUUGGUUCUUUGGGUGUGGUUCCCUCCGCCAACGUCGGUGACGACUUUGUCGUCGGUGAACCCGUCCAUGGUUCCGCUCCCGAUAUCGCUGGCAAGGGUAUUGCCAACCCUAUUGCCGCCAUCCGCUCUGCCGGUUUGUUGCUCGAGCACCUUGGUCACACCCAGCAUGCCCUGAAGAUGUACGAUGCUGUCGAUGCUGUCUUGGCUGAGGGCAAGAUCUUGACUCCCGAUCUCGGUGGCAAGAGCACAACCAACGACGUUGUCAACGCUGUCUUGAAGAACCUUUAAAAGAAACCAAUCAAUCCAUCCCAACCUAUUUUUACACACACACACACAACAUAUCACUUUGUAUUAAAACUUGCAUUAACCCUUUUCUUUUCCCGUAAAAAGUCCCACCUCUCCCACCCCCCAGUCCUCGCUUCCAUUCUAUACGACACACAAAAAGACUUGUUGACAAGCUUUU